CCGAGAGGAUCUACGAGCGUUCGAAAACAUUUUUCAGUUCUGCCUGGGAUUGAACCUGGGAUCUCUGGCAUAGUCUCGUUCAUUUAGCAGUUUCGUUCGUGCGCUGCUUGUACGUCACAAUCGUACUCUAUGAUUGUGUGCAUACCAGCGUGCACAGACGUAUGAGAGAAGUCAUCACGCUCGGCCACGAGCAAUAGGACUGAGGACGAAUAAGAGACAUAUUCAGUAAAAAUUAGUCAACAUGGCUAAUCCCAAUCUCACGGAUAUGACAGAGGAGGAUGCAGCGGAUCUGCAAUUCCCGAAAGACUGUUUAUUGAGUCCAACAGACAAAUCUGAAAAUGACGUAGAACUUGAGGUGUCAGUCUUGAAGGACAAAAUUCUUGCCUCAGAUCCAAUAUGCCGCGUGUGCAGGUCUAACCUAGUGGAACCAUAUAUUCGUUGCGCCAUGUGUACCAAUGUCGAGAUAUGUCCACCGUGCUUUGCCAAAGGCUGCGAGAUCGACGAACACAAGAAUGAUCACGACUAUGUUAUUAUAAAGAAUGAAUUUCCUCUAAUUGAGGGUAGCAAUUGGACUGCCAAGCAAGAACUCGAGUUACUACAUGUUCUGCAACAAUGUGGUUUUGGAAAUUGGAUAGAUGUGGGACGUAGGAUGCAUAGAAAGUCUGCCACUGAGUGCAAAAUGCAUUAUUUGCAGCAUUACAUAGACAAUCAAACUCUGCCGGAUCUACCGAAAAUUGAGGAAAAUAGAACCAGCUUAUUUGGUUGCGAACCGAUACCUUACAUGCACAAGUUGCAAGACCUGGAAGAACCACCUAGAUUUGCUUCAAACACGAGCAACAGCAGACUGUUGGCAGGUUAUAACGCGGCUAGAUCCGAUUUCGAGGUGAAUUUCGAUAAUCAUGCAGAAUCAUUGAUAUCCGAGCUUGAAUUCGACGACUUUCAACUGGACGAUGACACAUACGAAUUAGGACAAGCUUUGCAAGCGGCAAUGGUGCAGGCGUACAACAACAGAUUAAAGGAGCGCAAGAGAAGACAUAGAAUUAUUCGCCAACAUGGACUAAUCGCAUUACGCAAAGUUAUAUCCUCGAUACAGAGAUACGAGAAUACAAUAACGAGGCCACUCGCAGAGAGAUUGCUGAUAUUCAUGCAACUCAUAGAUGGGAUAAAAUUUGAUUUUUUCAUGGAAGGUCUUCACCGCGUUGGCGAGUUAAAGAAUCAUAUCAACAGGUUAUUAGAAUUCAGGCAAAAUGGACUCAAGCACUUUCAUAGCGUAUCCAUGUUCCAGAAAUUAAGUAAAUUGAGGCAGGAAUAUGAGAGGGAAAGAAAGCAGUAUCUAAACAAUCCGGAAUACAACUGGAGAAAUGUAUUACCUGAUAAUGUUGUUAACUGUAACAGUCCGAUUCUCGGAAACACACAACGCAAAACCGCGCCGCCUCUCGCUAUAAAAGGUUUACCGGGAUACGAAAAACUGAGCGCCGACGAGAAAGAGCUUUGCUCCGUCGUGAGAGUCAUGCCCGCCAAUUAUUUAGACUUUAAACAUCUCUUGAUAACGGAAAGUAAAAAAAAUGGUUAUCUUAGAUUAGCCCAGGCCCGUAUUCUCUUAAAAAUCGACGUGAAUAAAACGCGAAAGAUAUAUGACUUUUUGGUGGAAAAGGGACAUGUAAAUAAGCCAGCUCAGUGA